UAGCGAUAGAUCGUUGCCAUUGGACAGGAUGCGGCAUAAAUGUGUCCGUUGACUACUGUCUCUUUCCCAGCAACCACAAUGAUGCCCUGCGAAGCCGAUCUGGCCAUCAAACCAGUGCCCUCUACUCUUCCUGAUCACACUUGGCUUCAAUUUGAAUGGCAACCGCCCCGAAAACUGGAGCAGUGUCUGCUCUCGGGCCCAUCGAUCCAACUUCGGUGAUAGAUCCUCACGAAAACGAAGAGAAGGAAAAGGCAGCGCCAUGGAUAGUCAGGAAACUGGUUGGGUCAAUGACCGGAAGAAUCGUGAUGUCCUCAUACGAGUCUCUCAGAGCAGCAGGAACAGGUGUUAUAUGCUUGUCUCCGGUGAAUUUCCUCGAGUACUAUCGAGCAUAACCAGUAUUCACUCAAGUCGUAGUGGGGCGAUUCGUCCCCUCUGACUUUGCCUUGCAUCCGAUUCCGGGAUAUCGUUGUUCAUACUGUGAUUGCGGCAACAGUUGAGUGUCUACAGGUGGGGUAAAUCCUAUUCUCGCUCUCUAACCCAUGCGGAAAUCGGCAGGGUGGUGUAGCAGCAAUAGCGUCUCCCGUUAUGGGUCCAGUUUCUGAUGUGGUUGUAUCAUCUCUCGGAGAUACGAUCCUCGUUCACCUCACCCUUUACGCUGGUUUUGAUCUUUCUACCAAAGCUGCCAAUGAUCUGCUCUUCGAACAUCCGAUCAAACAUGUUAUUCCUAUUCACUCGAGUAGACUCGAAACCACACACGUCAAAGUAUUAGUGAUCACGCUCAAAUUCAAGGCGACGGUUGAAGAUGCAAAGUUGGGGUUCUUUAGGAGCAGUGUACACAAGGAUGCCGAUCUGUUCGCAGCAGUAAAAGAUUACCUGGCGGUGGAGAAGGGAUGGUUCAAUCCGUAUUUGUUUGCGAGUGCUCGUCGGCCUAUUAUUCCAAGAUCGAUGAAAGCCGAUAUCGUGUUCUGUCACAGUCCCUUUUUACAGGGUGAUUACAGAGUUGGAGAAACACUUCUGAAUGAAUCUGCGUCCAUCAUUACACUCUGCGUUGCCCCCGCAGUUCCCGACCGGGAGAAACCGUCCACUGGUUCCGGUCCACCAGAGGAGCCUUCCUCAACGGGUUCUAAAUUUAAUCUGGAGAACAUCAAGUCGAACCUCAAACUACCGUCUCUCACGAAUCGUUUUGCGCGUUCGCGAUCCCCAUCCCCAGCUCCAGCUGACACAGAGGAUCCUAAACCUUCUUCCGAAUCAGAAACGAAGCCCUCACUGACCCCACUCCCUCCACCGCCCACGCCGAGACGGCUUGUUAUCCUCGUAGUAGGAAUCAAACCCCACCGGAAACUCUGGACGACCUCUGCUCGACCGGAAGAAAGCGUCAUACAAUACAUACUCCUGAACGGAUGUCCCUCCGUUGUUGUACCCGUGAAAGUUGGCGCUCCGCUCAUUGCAUGGGAUACGUUGACGCUCGAGCAACUGUGGAAUGUUGAAUUACCCGCUCAGGACGAUCAGGAGAGUAAGAGUAGGCAGUUUGAAGGGAUCGUUCGAGUUCUUUUCGAGUUUCUUGAUCUUUGCAUUGAUUGGGAUAGAGUGACUCAUGUGGGAGGUGAAGAGGAAACCCCAACGGAGGAUGUGAAGAAAGACGACGUGAGAGCUGCACUUGCGUUAUUGGUGGCAGCUGCCGUAAGGAGCCGCGAUAGUAAGGAGGCGAAGAAGGAAUUGGAUAAAGAGAGAAGUGGGAUCGCGAUGUGGCGAAUUCCUUGAAUCGAUUCAUUCUUUUGAAUCACAACUCUGGGUUGGGUUUUAUCUGCCUGUUGUUUAUUCAUGCGCGUUGUCUGUUUUUGGAGAAACAUAUGGGCUGCAUGUGUCGCCACA